AUGAAACAAAAUAAACAAUAGAAGCAAAAGAAAGCAAGAAUAACUAAAAAUUUGAAGCCAAUAAUAAAUGAAUUAUAACAAUUUAAAGCAAAUGUAUUAAUUUAAUAUAUUGAUAGGAACCAGAAACACAAUUAUCCUUUUAAGAAUUAGAAAACUUUUUGUAAACUUAUAAUAAAUUUACUCACAGUUAAAUUUAAGAAUGUAAGAUCUAAGAUAAGGAAUUCUAAAUUAGAGAUGUUAGAUUAAAGGUUCAUUAUGAAGAAGAUACUUUGUUUGCAUUAAAUAAUUAAAUACAUUAAAAUUUUAGAAGAGGAUUGGCUUAUAUAAACUACGGUGAAGGUUGGAAAAUAUUAAGAAAAGGAUAAAAAAAAUUUUUUGAUUUAUAUUUUGAGGAUAUUUAAGGUAAAGGUGAUGAAUUUUGUCAAAAAAUUAAUUAUUAUAAUGUUGGAAGAGCUGAAGAAUUAGCUAAACAAAAUAAAUAAAUAAAAAUAUAUGUUUCAGAAAAAGCUAAUGGAGAAAAUUGUUAGAUAUCAUAUUGCAAAGAAAUGUAAAGCUGGAGCAUAUCUUCAAAAAAUAAAACUAUUGUAAUUGGAAAUGAAAAUGAUCUAAGCGCUUAAUGUUAUUAAAGUAAUUCUUAUACAGUUGCAUAAAUGAUUGCAAAGUAAUGGUUUAAAGAAUUAAAAUAAAUAAAAUAACCCUUAGAUAAUUUACAAAAUAUUUUAUAAGAUCACACAUUUAUUGGAGAAUUCUGUGGACAUGCUUAAUUAUAACAUUUAAUCAGAUAUGAUGAUGUUUAAAUAAGAUUUUUUUCAAUUGUUAAAAAAAAUAGCACUCAAACAUGUUUAUCUCCUUAGGUAUCUCAAUAAAUAUUUUAAAAUUUAAAUUUAAAGACUGUAAAAUUUAGAGAAAUUAUUGCUAAUGGCAUUUAGGAUUUCAAAAUGAAAUUGCUUUAGUUAUAAAAUGAAAUCUCAAAAUAAAAUUUAUAAGAAAUGGGAGAAGGAUCAGUUUUAUAUUUUUGCAAUUCAGAAAAUGAUGAAUGCUUAUCAUUAGCCAAAUUAAAAACAAUAGAGUGUAUUCAUUUUUUACAAUUUUAGAUCGAAUUAUACGAAAAAUAAGAGAAAAAAUGAAAAAUUUAGUAUAUAAGAAUGGAAAUAUUUAAGACAGUUUGAAAAGAUUUAUUCAAGAAUGUGAAUAGUUUCCUUACUUUAGUGAUCCUGAAUUUUAAAAAGCUUAUUAUAUUGAAUUAUGCAAUAAACUUUUGAAAUUCGGUAAUAGUAAUUAUUUAAUCAUAUUCUCUAGUCUUAUGUAGGAGUUGAAAGAGGAAAAAAUAUAUAAAAAAGUAUUUUUCCAAAUAAAGUAAAGCUUCUUAGAUCUUCUUGAUUUAAUUAAAUAAGAUAAACCAUUCGAUUUUAUAUUAAACCAUUUUAUUACUAUGAAAUAAAAUGUUUUAAUGGAUGUUGGUUAACUUGAAGAAAAUGAUGAUGAUGAGGGUGAUUUAGAAUGA